GGUGCGAGCGGUGCUUCAGUACGCGGAGAACAGAGGCGCAAAGGAACAUAAGUUCCUCAAGUGGAAAUGUUGUCCAAACUUUUGCUAACUCUGUGUGUGUGCGCACUCCUGCACAGCCCAACUGCUGAUGGACAGAAGAAAAAAGAGGCAUUGAUGUCAGAGAAGGUGGCACAGCUCAUGGAGUGGACCUCCAAGCGCUCAGUCAUCAAGAUGAAUGGGGACAAGUUUCGGCGCUUUGUCAAAGCUCCUCCUCGGAAUUACUCUGUGGUGAUCAUGUUCACGGCCCUGCAGCCUCAGAGGCAGUGUGGUGUAUGCAGACAAGCUGAUGAAGAGUUUCAGGUGCUGGCUAAUUCCUGGCGUUAUUCCUCAGCCUUCACCAACAAAGUCUUUUUUGCUUCAGUGGAUUUUGAUGAAGGAUCGGAUGUCUUCCAAAUGCUGAACAUGAAUUCGGCCCCAACUUUUCUGCACUUCCCGGCUAAAGGAAGACCACGGCGAGCAGACACGUACGAGCUCCAGGUGCGGGGGUUUGCAGCGGAACAGUUGGCGCGCUGGGUUGCAGACAGGACUGAUGUUAUGAUCCGUGUGAUCCGGCCUCCAAACUAUGCAGGGCCGUUGCUCUUAGGUUUGCUCCUGGCUGUGAUUGGAGGACUGGCUUAUCUGCGCAGACAUAACCUGGAGUUCCUCUUCAACAAGAACGUGUGGGCUUUCUCUGCGCUGUGCUUUGUUUUGAUCAUGACUUCAGGGCAGAUGUGGAACCACAUCCGGGGACCGCCAUAUGCUCACAAGAACCCCAGCACCGGGCAGAUUAGUUACAUCCACGGCAGCAGCCAAGCCCAGUUUGUGGCUGAAACACACAUCGUGCUCCUGUUCAACGCGGCUGUGACUCUGGGGAUGGUGUUGCUUUGUGAAGCCGCCACAUCACCUUUGGACAUCGGCAAAAGGAAAAUCAUGUGUGUGGCAGGUAUCGGGCUGGUGGUGUUGUUUUUCAGCUGGCUCCUGUCUAUAUUUCGAGCCAAGUACCAUGGUUAUCCAUACAGCUUUCUGAUGGGAUAACAGUGCCAACAGCUGAUGCCAGUCAGUGCCUUUGACCUCAAGUUCCUGAUUGAAGCCAUAGCAAAUGUAUGCAAAACAGAAUAAUACAUGUCCAUGAGAGGAACCUCCACAAUCCACUCCCACAUCAUUUAUUUUACUCAAGUGCCUUUUCCAAAUAGAAUUCUAAGACAAUAAGAUUACAUUUUAUGUAUUUGUAUGGUUUUAGGCUGCAUACAUGUUCUUCUUAAAUGUGUUCUUGUGAAAAUCUUUUAUUAAACACAGUUUUGAAAUGU